CGUUUGUGACCUGCGUCUUCCCUCAGCCAUCAUCAGCCUUGUGACCAGUCUUACACCUCCAAUAAUUUCCACUUUUCCCUGUCUGACAUGAUUCGGAUUCGCAAGUGCGUCGUAGAUGGCUGCAAAUCUGAUGUGGGAUCUAAAACCUCCCGGUGGCCGCAUGACCCUCGAGUUUCAGAUGUUUGGUUGGACACUCUCAAACCAUAUUGUUCCGGGUUGAUGGGCCUACCUAGAUAUCGUCUCAGGGAAAAAGUUGUGUGUUUGAAGCAUUUUGAACCCAAAAGUUUCACAAGAGGAAGGAGGCACUACAUGGCUGUACCAUCUUUAUUUACAGCUGAGGAAAUUUCAUCUGGCAAGCCAAAAUAUGAAAAUUUCCACUCCAUGCAUGCUAAAUGGGAUCACGAUUAUGCAAAGAAAAUACCUCUCAAUGCACCUCUGGAAACUACCAAAAGACAUCUGUCAGGAUCAGAACUGGAAGACAUUAUAAAAGUGUUAAAUACAGUGAACCUUGAGCAUUCAUAUGCACUGCCACCCAAUAAAAAAAAGAAGUUUAAUACUGAUGGUAACGACACUAAUGGCUCGUGUGGUUCUAACUCGCAGAGAGAGUUAGAUAAUUUUAACAUAUCCGCAGCAACAGACAUUUCAGGAACCAUUCCUGAUGAUAUUACGACCGCAGAAUGUACUGUUCGUAUUCCGGAAGUCAUAUCUCCUAGCUGUUCAAGAAGGUCCAAUGUGACAUUAGAAACCAAGACGGCAAGGAAAAGACUUAUAAAAAGUGUACAACAAUUAACCCCCAGAUGCAAGAAAAUGUACCAAAAAUGCUCGACUAUACUGAAAUCCCGUCGCCGUAUAGUUCAGUCAUACCAGGAGCGAAUAGAAAAAGCUGAAAAACUAAAUCAGAACAAAUCUUUUUCUGAGCUUGUAGAGAAACUGACUCCUCAAGCCAAGACAUUCCUUAAAAUGCAGGUCACGCUCGCCAAUAAACACAUAAAAAGACGGAGGUUCACAACUGAACAGAAACUCUUGGCUCUAUCACUCCAAAAGCAAAGUCCGAAAGGAUAUAAAUUGCUGCACAAGAUAUUUAUCUUGCCUAGCAGGCGCACUCUAAGAAAAUUUACUCAUCAUAUUUCUCUUGCACCGGGAAUAAAUGAAAACAUAUUUACACAACUAAAGGAGUCAGUUCGGAAUUGGGAUGACAAAAAAAAGUGCUGUUCCAUUGUAUUUGAUGAAGUGGCGUUGACACCUCAUUUGACAUUCUUAGAAUCUGAAGAUCGCAUUGACGGUUUUGUGAAUUUUGGUGCCGAAGUGGAAAGGAAACUAUGCGAUCAUGCCCUUGUUUUUAUGGUUCGAGGUAUAUGCACUUCAUGGAGACAGCCCAUAGCUUAUUAUUUAUGUGAAGGAACAACUCCAACUAUUAAGUUGAAAAACAUUUUAAAGGAAGUAGUAACUGCUGUCUCUCAAACGGGACUUCUUCCAAAAGCGCUAGUAUGCGACCAAGGGUCGACGUUUCAAUCCUGCAUGAACAGUAUGCGAGCAGAUACUCGCAGAUGUCAAUUGCUCCGUAAUGAUCCCCCAAAUAACAAAGUGGAGAUUGAUGGUCAUGCGCUGAACAUAAUUUUCGACCCUCCGCACCUCAUUAAAGGGAUACGGAAUAACUUUUUAAAAAAAGAUAUGAUGUUUAAAGGAAAUAUAGCUAGAUGGAGUGACAUUGUCGAAGUGUACAAAAAUGACUGCCACGUAGGAGAAAUUAGAAUGCUUCAUAAAUUAACAGAUGAACAUGUCAUCCCAGAUAAAAUAAGGAAAAUGAAAGUUAAAAACUGUACACAAGUCCUCAGCGAGCGAACCGCUGCAAUGCUCUUGUUUACAUCCAAUUAUGGCACGCAUGCAGAUGGUUCGUUGGUUAGUUCAACCAUGAAGAAUACUGCGGAAGCAGUCCUAUUUUUUGAUCGAGUAUUUGACAGCGUGAACGGGUCCCGUGGUGGCUCGGCUCCCGGCAAGAUGCGAGGACCGGUUAAAGAAAUAAAUGGAGAGUGCAAACAUCUGGACUUUUGGAAGGAGAGUAUUAGAGUUUUGCAGGAUCUAUACUAUGUAGAUACUAAUGUUGGUGAUCGAAAAAGGGUACCCAGUGUAAAAAACUGGAUAACAACAUUAGAAAGUUUUAUAAAUUUGUGGGUUGAGCUUAAAGAUAUGGGUGUAAGCUUUUUUUACACUCGUAAUUUAAAUCAGGACCCGUUAGAGAAUUUUUUUGGCCGAAUACGCGCACUUAAUUAUAGGAAUGUUAAUCCUGACCCUUAUUCGUUCAUCUGCUCCUUUAAGUCUCUGUUAGUGACUGAUGUCCUCGGCCCACAUUCUCCGAACUCUAAUUGCGAGGAGGAUAUGGGGGAGGCUAUCUUUAAUAAGGGAUUAAUGUUCGAAGUCCAUGGUGCUCCAGCUAGUUUGCCUGUUGCAGGCCCUUCCCGUGAGCCGCGAGCAUCUCCGUCGCCGUCGCUGCUGCAGCAGGCGCGCGAGGAGACGCAGAACGUCCGCUCUUCUGCCUUCACUGCCGGAUUUGUAUCACGCCAACUUAUUAAAAAGAUACCUUGCACUGAUUGUCGAAAAACAAUGUUGACUACCGAAAUUACUGAUGUACAUGACUGGGUUACACAAAGAGAGCGUAGGCUUUUAAAGGGAAGAAACUUAAAGUAUCCAAAUACUAAAUUUAUCAUUUUGUUCCGGAAAUUAGUAACUUGCAUUAAUCAAUAUUUAGAAUAUCAUAGUCACCAAAAGAGUGUAGUAAAAUAUAUUAAAGUAGAAUUUCUAAAAUCAGCAGAUGUAAGCUGGUUGGGAUGUAGUCAGCAUUGUCGAGAACUACUAGAUAUGUUUGUCAGUCUGGUGUGCCGAGUUCAAAUUCACAAUUGGUGCAAUUGUAUCAAUAAAAUUAUGAAAGGGUCAUUUUUAGGCAAAAUGUCAUCAUCAUCUAUGACCCCUAUGCAAGAAAUUGCAUUUAAAAAAUAUACUACGUUAAGAGUUAAAAAGUAGGUUGACUUUAUAAUCAUUGUUAAAUCGUAUUUUUUGUUUCAGAUCGCCUAGCAGUAUUAGUUAGUUGAUAUAUUUUAUAAGAUUUUACAUUGUUAUUAUUUUUAAUUCACUUAUUUAACAUGAAUUGUAUUUUUUUUAUAAUAAGUUAAUGAUUAAUUAGCUGUUAUUAUGUUAAUGAAUUUGAAGUUGUAAAUUAAUUUUAAGUGACUUUGUUAAUGUCUUAACUGUAUUUUUGUUUACUUACUAUUUUGAAUAACAUAUAAUAUAUUUAAGUUGUUAAUUCAUUGUAAAAGGCACUUAUUCAGUUUUUAAAGCUUUAUUUUUGUACAAGCACAAAUCAUAAGUAUUUAUUAAAUUUUGGUAAAUAUUGGCAAUCGCUGAAGAAUGUAUUUUUUAUAAUUAGGUGAUGUAUAUUUUUGUUUGUGCAUUGUAAGUGGUAAAUUAAUUUUAAGUGCUAUUAAUUUAGUUAUUUUAAAACUGUUUUAGUUUACUUAAGUUGUUAAUUCAUAAGUGACCGAUAUUUAGUUAAAUUUAAAGCUGUAUUUUUGUACUUGCUCUAUUAAUAAAUUUAAUUUAGGUAAAUUGCACUAUGGAUCUUUAAUAUACCUAUGUAAUCAUUGUUUUAUUAACUGUUUUAACCUUAUUGUACAAAAUAAUACCACAACGCUUAUUUUAUUAUUGUAUAGAAUAUUGAUAAGUUAAUUAUGUACCCUCUUGUACAAAGAAAAGUUAUAUAUUUUUGUUCCUUUUGUAACACUUAUUCAUGUAGUGAUAGUAACAUUUGUUAUAUUAUUUAUAAUAAAUUGUUGUAUAAGUUGUA